UUUUCUCUCUCAUGUUAAAUGGCUGAGAUUUUACUUAAAAAAAUUGAGAGAAUUCUUAUAGAGGUUUCAUUUCUAACGAAAACCCAAACAACUCAACCUACAACAAUUCAAACCCUUUAACACUCAGAACUAGGGUUUCGAAUUUUCUUCUUCCAAGUAAGAUCUCAAUUCAAUGAUGUGGAGGACUUUGUUGCGUUCACACGCGCGUUCAUUUGCCACACGUGCGUCACACUCCCACCACAACAACCACCGUGAAAAUCACAAGUUCCUAUCGCCGAGCUCCUUUGUUGGAAGCUGGCAAGCUCCGAAGGAUCCUAAGGAAGCCGAAGCAAUGCUUGCCCAGCUUCGGAGAGACUACGCAAAGCAAGUGAAGGAGGUUCGGAAGGAGUACAUAAGAGAAAUGGAGGCUAUGGCGUUGGAGAAGCAACGGAAGGAUGAGGCUCGGAGGGAAGCACUUAGAGUUGCUAAUGAAGAGCGUAAGAAACUUAAGGCUCAGGCUGCAGAAGUUAGGGCUCAGGAACGGAAUAUUGCUCAACAACAGUUUCGAGAAACCCUUUUAAAAGAGAGAGCAGAGAAACUUGAAAAUUGGAGGAUGAAAGCCAAAAAGCAUGAAGAGAAGAAGGCCGAGAAGAAAGAAUUAUUGCAUAAACGAAGUUCAUUGUGGGUUGAUGAAGCCGAACUCGAGAAGGAAAUAACAAAUGUUGUAAUUGCUACAACAUAUCUUUGAGCGGUUGAGCCGCUUGCAGUUUCAUAUCUACUUGGUGGACCCCAAUGUUCAAAGAAGCCUCGUAGAAAUAACUCUUGUAUGUUGAGCAUGUCAUGUGCUUAGUUGUUGUUCUACACUAGUUGCAUCAUGAAGCAUGGACACAAGUCUUUAGUGGGUUGGUCUUUUCGAAUUUUGAAGGAAGUGCAUAGGCAUGAAUUGCUAACCAUGCUGCAAUCUUUUACAUGACUUGGUAGAAUAAUCAGAUGGUGAAUUUCAUGCAGAUUCCCUUCUGAUUAACAUUGUGAAACAGUGCUUUUGAUUAGUUUUUUUUUUCUUCCUGACAUUUUGUUAAUUCAAAAGAGUUGUUUUGUUAAUGAUGGAUAUGAAUAGUUUUCUGAUA